UUGGGGAUAAUUAACAGCAAAUCCAGACUAAACAAACGUAACACUUUAUCAUCCAUUGUUUGUGAAGAAGGGAGGAGGUUGUUUGGUGUGAAGUUGAAUGAUUUCUUUGAGUGUGUGUGGUUGUAAAAUGUGGUCUCGGUUGUGAGGACCAUUAUAUAAAAGGUGACCCAUCUCAGUAAUGUGAAGUGCAACCAUGAGUCCAUGCGUCUUCUCAAUGUUGGUGAUUUUGUGGCCGGUAAUGGCUGUGGAGACGUUCACCUUGGAGGGCAAGCAGAUCCUCGAAACCUUGCACUGUCCACCUUGCGAACGCAUCCAUUGUUCCCCUCGCCGAGCGCUGAAGCUCCAGUGUAAGGGUGGAAUCACCACUGGGAUCUGCGGUUGUUGUCCAGCCUGUGCCAAGCUUGCGGGAGAAAGCUGUGGAGGCACCUGGGACUACCUGGGGAAAUGUGAUGAAGGGCUGGUUUGCAUUUACCCAGAAGAAACUGAUGGAAAACCAGAGGCAGAACUCAAGGGAACCUGCAAAUCAGUGCUGGAGGUUCUCAAAGCCGACACUUGCAGACCGGAGUGCACAUGGGAGUUCUGCAAGGCAAAUCCCAAUGAAAUAUGCUCAGCCAGGUCUGUAUCGUUGGAGAAGCGUGAGUGUGGAGGUCACUGCCAGCACACCACCUGCUCCAGCUGCUUGGUUCUCAGACCUCCAUCGUGUCCUCAAUCCUGUUCUCCAACAGAUCACGUGUGCCUGCAUCGCUUCGGCAGGUGUGUGCAAGGACACCUGACCCAAGAAACACAUCCACCCAUCUGCCACCAGAACCUACAGAAUAACUAUGAGGGAUUCUUUGUGUGCUUGGCCCCUACCUGUCCAACUGCAGCCAACUGAUUCUGCAUUUUAAGAAGAAUCCAAAUAAUGUAAUCCAGUUGUAAAUUGUAGCAUAAAAGGCAGCUAUUUUUAAUAAUGCAUUUCAUUACUAUAUAUAUAAAAAAAAGAAUGCUGUGAAAUUACUUGCAUUAUUCUUGUACAGCUUUUGUCGUACAAUCUAAAGCAGUGUUUUUGUCAUUAAAACAUGUUAAAACUGCAUUUCGAUGCCUACCAUUAAUAUUUUUGUCAUAUAAUCAUGUCCGUUUUUUAAAUGAUGUAUUCUAAUAUUUGUAUGUGCGAAUGUUAAAUGAAUAAAACUAUUUUCAUUUCGGAGAUCACACAUAUAUAUGCUUUCAAACAUGUAACAGAAAUGCACUUUAUUAAUUUUUCAAUAGUGAAUAACUUUUUCUUAAUUAUACCAACAGUGAUUUAAAUAUAUGCAUAAAUGCGUUAAACUUUAUGCAUGAAAGUAAGUUAUUAUAAGGCCGCCACUAAAUUCAAAAUGUAAAAAAUGUAUUCAAAAACAGAGCUAGUCAAGUGCACACAAAUGAGUGUCCGUUUCUCAAGAUGAAAAACACACCGCGUUUGUUAUCAGGCACAUACACCUGCUU